CUUCUCCCGGGCCGGACCUGUCACACGGAGCAGCGGUGACCCUGCACUGCAGGUUACAGCCCGGAAUUCUCCAGAACUAGGAUCCAGCUUCACAGCACCAGCACAGCACUGACUUACCCAAGACUGCGCAUCUGACAACAUGGAUUUUUCCAAACUGCCAAAGAUCCGUGAUGAGGAGAGGGAGAGCCAGUUUGGCUAUGUUCAUGGCGUCUCCGGGCCCGUGGUCACUGCAUCCAAUAUGGCGGGAGCAGCCAUGUACGAGUUGGUCCGUGUGGGGCACUGUGAGCUGGUGGGGGAGAUCAUUCGCUUAGAAGGAGAUAUGGCCACUAUCCAAGUAUAUGAGGAGACCUCUGGCGUAUGUGUUGGAGAUCCCGUGCUCCGUACCGGAAAGCCCUUAUCGGUGGAGCUCGGCCCGGGAAUCAUGGGCUCUAUUUUCGAUGGUAUCCAGAGGCCCCUGAAAGACAUCAGCGACUCUACCCAGAGUAUUUAUAUCCCCAGGGGUAUCAACGUAUCCGCACUGAGCAAAGACAUCAAGUGGGAGUUCAACCCUUCCAAGAGUAUCAGGGUUGGCAGUCACAUUACCGGCGGGGACAUUUAUGGUGCAGUGAUGGAGAAUUCCCUCAUUAGACAUAAAAUCAUGCUGCCUCCUCGCAAUCGCGGCACAGUCACUUACAUUGCACCCCCUGGGCACUAUGACACAUCGGAUGUGGUGCUGGAGUUGGAGUUCGAAGGGGUGAAAGACAAGUUCACUAUGGUGCAGGUGUGGCCUGUAAGGAGCAUCCGUCCAGUCACAGAAAAGCUGCCCGCAAAUCACCCACUGCUGACUGGGCAAAGAGUGCUCGACGCCCUAUUCCCGUGUGUACAGGGAGGAACCACCGCAAUCCCAGGGGCCUUCGGCUGCGGUAAAACCGUCAUCUCUCAGUCCCUAUCCAAGUAUUCCAACAGCGAUGUUAUUAUCUACGUAGGAUGUGGGGAGAGAGGAAAUGAGAUGUCUGAAGUCCUGAGGGAUUUCCCAGAGCUGACAAUGGAAGUGGAUGGAAAAACCGAGAGCAUCAUGAAAAGAACUGCUCUUGUGGCCAACACCUCCAACAUGCCUGUGGCAGCCAGAGAGGCCUCUAUAUACACAGGUAUCACCUUGUCCGAGUAUUUCCGAGACAUGGGCUACCACGUCAGCAUGAUGGCAGAUUCCACAUCACGAUGGGCAGAGGCUCUCCGAGAAAUCUCAGGGCGUCUGGCCGAAAUGCCUGCUGACAGUGGUUAUCCUGCCUACCUGGGAGCUCGCUUGGCCUCUUUCUAUGAGCGUGCCGGCCGAGUAAAGUGUCUGGGGAACCCUGAAAGGGAAGGGAGCGUCAGCAUUGUUGGAGCUGUCUCUCCUCCUGGUGGGGAUUUCUCCGACCCUGUCACAUCGGCCACUCUGGGCAUCGUCCAGGUAUUUUGGGGGCUAGACAAGAAGCUGGCCCAGAGGAAGCACUUCCCCUCCGUCAACUGGCUGAUAAGCUACAGCAAGUACACGCGGGCGCUGGACGAGUACUACGAUAAGCACUUCCAAGAGUUUGUGCCGCUCAGGACCAAGGCCAAAGAGAUCCUGCAGGAGGAAGAGGAUCUGGCAGAAAUUGUGCAGCUGGUCGGGAAGGCUUCCUUGGCAGAGACCGAUAAAAUCACCCUGGAAGUGGCCAAGCUCAUUAAAGAUGAUUUCUUGCAGCAGAACGGAUACACCCCAUACGACAGGUUCUGUCCAUUCUACAAAACCGUGGGGAUGCUCUACAACAUGAUCGCCUUCUAUGACAUGGCCCGGCGUGCCGUGGACACCACCGCCCAGAGCGAUAACAAGAUCACGUGGUCUAUCAUCAGGGAACACAUGGGAGAGAUCCUCUACAGACUCACCUCCAUGAAAUUUAAGGACCCAGUAAAGGAAGGGGAAGCCAAGAUCAAGGCAGACUAUGCGCAGCUCCUGGAGGACAUGCAAAAUGCCUUCCGCAGCCUGGAAGACUAAGAGCCGCCGGUCGUUUCCACUUCUCUGCCAUCUCAUCAUCUCAGACCUUCCGCCCCUGUGCCUGCCGGGGCCCCCCUUCUAUAUUUGCAGAAGAGAUCUAUUGUUCCUUAUUCCACAUUAUUAGGUCUUACAGAAACAGACUGUCCAUUCCAGUGUCCCGGCUGCCCAGUGCAGCUGUUUGUCUCAUUCAUGUGCUGAAUGUUCUAGUGAAGCCCAAAGUGCUGGGUGGCUGCUGUUACACCAGAGAUUCUGUAUCCAAAUCAAUACAAUCUAUUGGGGAUAAAUGGCCCCCCCUUGGGCUGGGAGAAUCGCUGAACUGCAUCUUCCGCCUGAUAUAAUACACUUUCUGUCCUUGCACCUUGCCCUUUAGUCUGGCCGAGUCCAUUGGCAAUUGAAGGGGUUGUUCACCUUUCAGUUAACGUUUAGUAUGACGUAGAGAGUCAUAUUUCAAGGCAAUUUGCAAUUGGUCUUCAUUUUUUUGUAUUAUUUUUAGUUCACUUUUUUUUCAGCAGCUAUCUGGUUGCUAGGGUCCAAACUACCCUAGCAACCAGGGAGCAGUUUAAAUGAGAGGCUGGUAUAUGAAUAAGAGGGGACCUAAAUAGAAAAGUUAUAAAAAAGUAUCAACAACAAUAAAUCUAUAGCCUCACAGAGCAAUAGUUUUUGGCUGCCGGGGUCAGUGACCCCCAUUUGCACAGAAAUAAUGAAGACCAAUUGAAACGCUGCUUAGAAUAGGCCAUUCUGUAACAUAGUAAAACUUAACGUAAAGGUGAACCCCCCUUUAAUAGGCUCCCCCCCCCCCAUUCACACACCAGCAUUAUUCCCAGUAACAAUCACAUAAUGUGGGAUUUGCUAAUGUGCUUAUUAGUUAUUUGCCCCAGGGUAUGGUUGGCAUGAAUGGAAGAGCGGCAUGUUAUACUCAAUGGGCAUUGGCUUCUCUUCCAGUCUCUCUGGCUCAGGAGUUGGGAACUUGGGUCUAGUGAAACUGAAUAUAACGGUACAUUUUGCUCAUCAUGUGACUUUAAGUGAGGGUCUUGUGUUUACUUACCCUGUAGCUGGGGUGGGAGUGCCUAACUGCGCUCAGUACAACACUAGGUACACAGGACUCUGAGCACUAAUGCCCACGUACAAACUGUGGUCCUGGGGUGGUAUGAAAGGGUUAACCCUCAUGGGUAUUUGUCUUAUGUAUUGUUUACAUUCCCAACACUGCACCAUUGGCCCUGGGCCCCUGCAUUGAAUCCCCUGCACCAAUAGAAAGGAAGGUGGAAUGAUGGGAAACCACCAGAGGGCAGUAUUUCAUGUCACGUAUUGGAGUGUACAGGGCAAGAAGAAGUUCUUUCACCCUGCUGCCCAGAAUCUCUGCCUUUGUAAGCCCGCCUGCCUUUGGGGUGCUUUGCGCUGGCAAAUUCACUGUAAUAUCCCUUAUGGAUAUAUUUCCUCAGAGCAACAAGAAGUUCUUUCACCCUGCUGCCCAGAACCUCUGCCCUUUGUAAGCCCACCUGCCUUUGGGGUGCUUUGCGCUGGCAAAUUCACUGUAAUAUCCCUUAUAGAUAGAUUUCCUCAGGGCAGCAAGUUCUUCCACCCUGCUGCCCAGAAUAUCUGCCCUUGUAAGCCCGCCUGCCUUUGGGGUGCUUUAGCAAAUUCACUGUAAUGUCCCUUCCAUCCCUUAUGGAUACAUUUCCUCAGGGCAGCAAGGAGUUUUUCCAUCCUGCUGCCCAGAAUCUCUGCCCUUGUAAGCCCGCCUGCCUUUGGGGUGCUUUGGAGUCAACGCUAGCAAAUUCACUGUAAUGUCCCUUCCAUCCCCUAUGGAUACAUUUCCUCAUCUUGUACUAAGUGUUGUAAAAUUCUCAAGAUGAAAUAAUAAAAGAAAAAAAAAAAAAUCUCGAUGUUUAGAGCGUUGGAGUGCGUGGAACACGGCGCAGCUGUGUGUAGACAAUGAGUUUGUGUAUUUAUUUGUGUGCAAAGUCGGGCGCCAGUCUCUUUGGCCGCUUCCGCUGCAUUUCUGUUCUUAUUGGCUGUACCCGCCCAGUGUUUGAGCCUGUGUCACUGUAUUGUUCCUUUCUUCCUCGCCCGUCGGCACUGAGGGAAAGUGAGGAAUGCACUCUGAUUUCAUGACUUGAAGUAAAGUGUAAAGUUGUUAAAAUUCUUGAGAAUAAAAUAUAACUUUAAAUUUCA